CUGUAUUGUACGUCUGAGAUUGCCCCGGGCUGGCUGAAGCAGAUCCAGCGGUCGAGCCACUGGCACAUACUCCCUCGACACGUCGACGACCGAAGAGGACACACUCAGUGGACACACUAAGACAGUCGAGCAUGAGAAACGUAUAGAUUGAAUCCAACAAUCUUGACUCCCUCACAAACAGCAUUCGAGACCCCCGGCAGACACAUCUCGAGCAUUUGGUGGCAAUCCGCUUCCUUUCUUGAAUCUGUCGAGAAUUUCCAGUUCGCAGCCAUGUCUGGACGCGGAAAGGGAGGCAAAGGUUUGGGCAAGGGAGGCGCCAAGCGGCACAGGAAGGUCUUCAGAGAUAACAUCCAGGGUAUCACCAAGCCCGCCAUCAGGCGUCUGGCCCGAAGAGGAGGUGUCAAGCGUAUCAGCGGACUGAUUUACGAGGAAACUCGCGGAGUUCUGAAGAUCUUUCUGGAGAAUGUGAUCCGGGAUGCCGUGACUUACACCGAGCACGCGAGGAGGAAGACUGUCACUGCGAUGGACGUGGUGUACGCGUUGAAGAGGCAGGGACGAACUCUGUACGGGUUCGGAGGAUAGAACGCUUAUCCUCUUAGCGACUCAGAGCUUGACAGUCGAUGCGUUUUUGUAUAGCGGAUGAAUUCUCCCUUUGACUUGGAUCGAUGCGAUCCAGUCGACGACGUCGGCCGAUGGGGGGACGAUUGAUAUUUCAACUCAGACUUCUAGGCAAUGUCAGCUUACAGAUUCAACCGCUCUCAUUGAAUUGUAUAGAUCACGCUGCUCUUACAGCUGACAGGUGCCCUGGAUAAAUAUCGGUGGCCAAGUAUGCCACAACGUUUUCGUCAUUUCUGAAAUGUCUCGGGUUGACAUCCCACUGUAAAGGUUACCUUGAAUUCAAAUUUUCUCUCCAGUAGCCAAGUGAACAGACUGUUGUGGCCUGAAGUCUUUGUUCGUUCUUCUGUGAUGUAUGAGUGUCAAAUCUUUUAUACCUAUUACGCUACUGCUGAACGGUGUAUAUUUCUGCGGGAGCUUGCCUUUCAAAUUUUUUUUUGUAAGCUACUGCUGAACAUUCAUGUGAUGAGUAAUUAUAAAAUUACGCGGUUGUUGUUCUACUUAAUUCACUGUCGGUAUUUUAUAAUUAUCAAAUACUCAUCAACCAGGUUUUCAAGCAGAAGUAAAGCGAAUAUUAGUCUAAUGUUUUUAAGAAGUGUAGCACGUUGAAAUAGGCGAAGUUUUCCAAAAUCCAUCUCUGUUUGGCACUGUAACUUUUUGUUGUCACAUUUCGCCCAACUCCUAAACCCAGUAGCCUUGUUUCAUUCUUGCUUUCUCUACAAACAGUUGGCGACUAUCAACUGCAAAGCACGUAACCAGUUCAUUGAAAAAUAAAAAUGAGUCUAAAAUUGUGCAUCAAUAUAACUCAUUUACAGUUUUGCUCCUCCAUCAAUCUAAUCUUCAUAGUCUAAUUCCAGUAUUUUCUUGUCAGACAAUGUGAAAUAUCUCAAACUUCGAAGAAAAUAGCUGGAAA